AUGAUGAGGAUUCCCUCGGACGAACCCCUAGCGAAGCGCAGAAAGGUUCGCAAAGGUACACACAGCUGCUGGGAGUGCAGACAGAGAAAAGUCAAGUGUACCUUUUCAUCGCUGGAUGAUACUAUCUGCAUCACUUGCCAUCGUCGAGGCACGAGAUGCAUCAGUCAACUAAUGGACGGACCGGAAAUGGCUGAGAGCGAUACAAGAGAUACUGAGCAAAACGCUACUACCAAUACACGGCUAGUGGGCGAUAGUGGUAUCCGUUCUCAACCAGAUGCUAUUGUUGGCUGUUUACCACCGACUCCCUUUGCAAUACAUACAACACCGGCAUCAUCAGUGCAUGGCAAACAAAAUGAUGUGUCGAGUCGCCUACGGACUGAGGGAUUACCAUGCCAACUCGCGACACCUCAGUUGCCACCAACGCCCGCGUCCAGUCAUGGUUCCAUUUCGGAGGCUUCCGCAUAUCCGAAUAUCACUCAAGCCCUACGAAGUUCUCUCCCUCCUCAGAAAGACAUUGAAAUUCUGCUUGAAAACCUCAGCAGAAUGUCCAUCUUUUGCUACAAAUCCAGUUUCAAGCUAUGCAGCUCGAGCGAAAUGGCUAAAGAACAAUUACCAGUAGCCAAUCUCCUGUAUUCGGAAAGCCACCCAGUCUUGUUGGCAAGACAAAUGUUGCUUUUCGCAGUAGGUUUGCAACACCUGUCUCCCACAAAAGCAAUACCUGGCCUCACUAAGCCCCAUCGCGUCAUCAUGGAGCAGCUAGCGGACUCGGCCAUCAAGCUGGUGAAUACGAAUGACGUCUUGCUGGGCACGUUGGAAGCUCUCGAGAACCUCAUCCUUGAAGGCAUCUAUCACAUAGAUGGCGGCAACAUCCGACGAUCCUGGAUUACAAUGCGCCGUGCUGUCAUGACUGCACAGCUAUUAGGCUUGCAUCGACCAGGUCACUAUCGCUUCAAAGUCGUCAACCAGCAGAACGAUCUUGACCCUGCGGUCAUGUGGGCCUGUGUGGUUUCCACGGAGCAAUUUCUAUGCUUACUACUAGGUCUACCCACAAGCACCAGCGGUGCGAGUUUUACAAUCCCCCGGGCAACAAGUGCUUGUGUUGAGAGCGGCAACUUGCCUGUACUCAUUCCGAAUGUGGUACGCAAGAUUAUCGAACGGAAUCAGAUGCACGCACCCCAGGAAGCACUUGACAUGACUCAAGAGAUUGAUCAAGAGCUCUUGGGGGUCACUCAACAAUGGCCGCCUGCGUUCUGGCGGCCAUUGCAAUUUGCAGGUCUCGAAGUAGACUCAGCGGAUGCCUUCUGGGAAACUCGACGAGCUUGGGACCAUAUAUUUUAUUACUCUUUAGUGAACCAGCUCCAUCUGCCAUAUAUGAUAAACCCAAGACAUAUCUCGCAGAGGGAGUACUCGAGAAUCGCCUGCGCAAGCGCCAGCCGUGAGAUUCUGAUCCGACAGAUUGCGAUCCGUACGUUCAACCCAAUCACGGCCGGCUGUCGGAUGGGCGAUUUUGUGGCUCUGAUUGCGGGCAUGACACUGAUGCUGGCCCACAUCUUGAGCCACUCUAACAAUGGUACGGAAAACCUGCUCGUACACCAGCGGGUUGGAGACCGGGCGACGGUGGAGCGGGCUCUUGAGUGCAUGGAAUCCAUGUCGGAGCCGCAUGAGGAUUUCCUCACAGCGAAAUGUGCUGCCCUUCUAAAGAAUUUGUUGGAUAUUGAGGCGGGGCCUGCUGAGAGGCACUCGGAUGGCGGUCAAGAACACGAGCAAAACAUGUUGGUUGUCAAGGUGCCGUACGUGGGUACCAUAAAAAUUGCGCGAGACGGUCUUUCUAUUAUGCCCUUCGACACGGAGCAGGAACAAGUUCCUCAUGAGGGUGUGACAAUUGGUGGCUUUGGAUCUAUCCACGUCAGAACACCACCCGACUCCGACCAUCGCACUGAUGUGGUCACACCCGAUGCUGCAGCCUCACGAGCAACCGCGCAGGUGGCGAGGCCAUCAUCAGCACGGAAGCACGGGCGACAGGUUUCCCAGGCCACGUCUGGAGAUGUCUUCACACUGCCAGAAGCGACAUUUCCUGAUGCUUCUGCUGGCAUGGAAGAAUGGCUUUUCCAAGGCCUUGACACUGCCUUCUUUGAUGUGCUGAUGAGCGGAGCUGGGGAGCAGCCGCUGAACGGCACUGACACUGUAGGAUGGAAUUUUACAAUGUCCCCAUGA